CCAGUGGCCUAGUUGAGAAAAUCCGAUUUAAAUAAACCACUGUGAAACGGUGUCGUAAUGUUAGAUUUCGGUAGAAAGCAAAGAAGCGCAAUGGAAAGUAAUCAUUGCCAAAUCAAGAUUAACAACUUUGUAUGCUACUGUCGAGGAAAUAUACCUCAACCAUUGUAUCCAAAUUAGCUGUUGUGCACACGUGACUGUCAUCUAAUGCCACGCAGCUGUGCUACUUAUGGUCCAGUAUUAUAGUAACCUAUCGACUUCAUCAUGUAAAAUCUACUCAAGUCAGGAUUCUCAGUCGUCGGUUGCCUUGCUUAUACACACAAUGGUAAACUCGCAAAAUAUAUACCAUCAUUAGUAGCCUGUAUUUAGCCUAAAUGUGAAGAACAAUGUUUGCAGCGCAAAAUUUUUCCACGUCUGAAGAUGUCAAUCUAACGAGCACAGACUCUGUGAGCAUUGAACACGCUCAUUGGCCCAUCAAGAUGAGUGUAAUAUCUGUUCUAGGCGUGCUGAUUACCUUGGGGAAUAUUGCUGUUCUUCUGGUUAUAGCCACAUCUGUGUCCGGAUGGUCAAGGAACUCACGGUAUUUUCUGUUGUCUCUGACGGGUGCAGAUUCUGCGUUUGGACUGAUUGUCAUGCCCUUGAACCUGUGGGUGAGUUUGGUGAAGAACUACACCGAAGGCCCCGACACCCUGUGUCACGUGGUGGCUUUCUGCAAUGCCACGGUCUAUUCCACCUGCAUGUAUACACUGGCCACUAUAAGUUUGGAGAGGUACAUCGCUGUGUUCUAUCCUCUGAAGUACUCCUCACUGAUGACUAGGAAGAAAACCAUUUUCCUGAUCGCGUUCGCAUGGUGUUUUCCUCCGAUUUUACUUCUGCCAAUAUCAUUUCCGGACGGGAUAAUUGAGGUCCAUUUCUCUACAGCAUCACUGGUCUGCAAUCCAUUAUACUCCACUAACGUUGGGUAUUCUCUGAGUCUUACGUGUUUUAUAUUUUUUCCUUGUUCGAUAAUCAUGACAUAUGCAAACUUGAGACUUUGGUUGGCAGCCAAGAAACAUAGGUUGAAAUUGCGCAAACACGAAAUGGGUCGUCGGAACAGACCCGACGUGGCUUCCAGAGUGCUUGUGCCUGUGAUGACCGUGUACUACACCUGUUGGACCCCGUGCAUGGCAGCAAUGAUAUACAAUGCUAUCUCAGGCCAAGGUGUACCAGAGUGGAUUGAAUUUGUGGUGGUCUGGCUGCCAACCACCAACGGUUUUCUCAACUGCAUCUUGUACUUCUGGAUCAACCACAGCUUCCGUAAGAAGUUCCGCCUUAUUUUCGAGAGGCUGUCGCUGUCCCUCUGCCCUGGGGCAGCCAGGGCCCUCGGAUGCAGGGUCAGCGCACAGGUGCAGUUUGUAUCAGAAGUCUGGAAUAACAACAACAGUCUCAAUGAGCGCUCAGCCAGCAUGUCCUCCACCUGCACCUUAAUCACCCUGUCUGAUGACACCCACAUCUGAGGACAGUCGUAGAAAUGUCUAAAGACGUGACAUCUCCCAUGAUGCCCCUGGUGAGCUACCUGCAACGUGCUGAACCCCACCACAGCCCUGCUAGUGUAAGUUAGAGCUUCCAAACAUCCUCCCGUCAUUACAUUAAGUAGGUAUAAUUGGAUACGUUUCUUUUAAAAUGAGCUUUCACCUUGUCAGUGUUGUCACAUCUACUUUAAUAUUGAUCGUUUAUGCUAGAAUCGUUUUGUACGUGUUUUAGUUCUGUUUUGUUUUUCCUUUUUUUACAUUUUGCAGACACCGCUAAGUGUCAUCAGGGUUCCACACACUGAUCGACCUCUUAAACCACAUUUUAGUUAUUUUUAGUUGAUUAUUCAAUGUUAAUAGAAUAUAGCCAAUGCCCCCAUCCAACUGCAUGUCAUCUUGCCAUAUCAACAGUGUUUAACAUGAUGUGGUUAUCUUCAUGCUGUCCCCGAUAAUGUAUUACACUUAAGCUGUUUGAUGGAAGCCUGACUUCAUUAGCUUAAAUUUGUAUUUUAACAUCAAGCAAUUGGAUAUAAAUUGUGAACUUCAAUAGAUAAUGUUUAUGUUGAUGGACUUUGACCUUCUCAUCUUUCUCAAAGAGUUGGCAUAUAGCAGCCUCUCUAGGUUAACCUUUAAGGUGUAGCAUUUCAGUGUGUUAGAAGAAAAGUAAUUAAGAAGAUACAGAGUAGAAAUGUCACUGUAGGCUAGUCUGUAGGAGUUACCCUUUUUCUCUCUUUGACUUUGUUUCAUAACACCAGCGAGGGUCACUGGUAUUUUUGGUUUCUUAUUGAUUUGAUACAAUUUGUGAUUCAAUGCAUUCUCUAUGUACUGUUAUUUUGCCCCCCUCUCCCCUUUGCACUAUUCACACACUUUUUGAAAUGCGAAUGUUAUGGUAAAGGUGAUAGUUUGUGGGUCUGUAGUUGAUAGCAAGAAACUGUUUCUUGAGCUUGAAUAAGCCUUGAUCUGAAGAUUGGUACCAUUAUGAAACUGUGGUCUUUACAUUUGUGAAACUGAAAUCAUUGACAGCCUUUAGAUAACCAAUAGUUUUAAUUAAUUUUAGCCUCCCAUGAUUCUGUUUAUGCUGCAGUGCUUGGAUAUAGGCAAAUGCAUACCAUCUAAAUCUCUAUUGGUAAUUGAAAAAUAAAUAUGUAAAUACCACUUUUACCUAAAUUAUGAUAAUGCGUUAAAUAAAGUUUUUGUAAAUAAACUUGACAUAACUUGUAUAUAAAUUGCAUUUUAUUGUUUUCAAAAAUGUAAUGCCAAAAUAGUCUCCUGUACUUGCAUCAUAUAAAUAUAUAUAAUAAAGUAU